AGAAUGUUCGACCAGAACAAUAUAAAAGGCAGAUAGGUGUCUGUAGCCGAGCAAGAAUACGAGAGCUGCAAAUAAAAGGCGAGACUUGAGAUACGAAGAAGAAGCUGAAGGAAAACUUGAAGCGAAGUGGUAGCUGAAAAGAAAGGUUGCACUAAAGCUUAAAGGAAAAUGGCAUUGUGGCACAUCCCCCUUCUGCGUCCAGACCCAAUUGACAGUAUAUUCGAUGAUAUUUUUGACUGGACAUUCCCGCCAGUUCAGUAUCAACUCGCUCGUCCAUACAUUGAUCCAACGCGACAAAUUCUCAGACGUAGUGCGAGCCAGCAACAGCAAGUUAAAGGCAAAGAUGAAGACAACUUUAGGGUGACAUUGGAUGUCAGGCACUACAACCCUGAUGAAAUUGCCUUGAAGGUUGAUGGAAACAAGCUGUUGGUGAGUGGCAAGCACCAUAAGCAAAGUGAAUUUGGAUACGAAACAUCGCAGUUCGAGAGAUCUUAUCCAAUCCCAUCUGAUGUAGACGAGAAAGGAUUCACAUCAAGGAUCGACGAUAAUGGCAUUUUGGAGAUUGUGGCGCCGAAAGUCAAGCCACAAGCUAUCCAGCAAGCAGGCCAGAGUGUAGAGGAAGAUGAGAAGAAAUUCAAGGCAGUAUUGGAUGUAAGAGCCUACAAGCCAGAAGAACUUACUGUCAAACUGCAAGGAAAUAACCUUCUUAUUCAAGGGGAGCAGAAGUCAGAAAACAAAGAUGAAAAGGAGACGUAUGUACAUCACAGGAAUUUUGCUCGGCGAAUUUGGCUCCCAAAAAAUGUGAACCUUGACACUCUGCACACAAAGCUUACUAAAGAAGGGAAGUUGCUUCUUGAAGCUGAUAAAAUGCCUGCCAUAAAACAUGAGGUAAAACAGUUGACAAUUGAAAAGGAAGCUGACCAGGGAAAUAUGGAGGAAUGAUUGAUUAUCAAGAAGAGGGACGCUUGCUUAAAUACGCUUGAGGACUUGGACUUAUCAUCAUAGAUUUUCUGUUUUUCUCUGGCUGGUAGGUUUAUCUCAUACAGAACUUAAUAAUUGUUAAGCUAAUUUGCCCUUGCUAUCUGUAUUUGAAUACACAUUAUUUCUCUAUAUUUGGCAUGUAUUUCCAGUAAUUAAAGCAGCUUUUAUGCUAAUUGCUCAAGUUCAAUCCACCUUUUUGUAGUAUGUUUUACUUGUGAAAGAUCUUCAGUAUCCCCGUGCAAUCAUGGUCCUAUUGAUUUUCGUUUGAAGAAUAUUAAAGAUGCCAUUAAUUUUAAUGUUACCAGUACGCAUUUCACCUAACAAUCAUAGUCUAUUUCGUUGUUUACUCUUGGUUGAUAACCUAUUUCUUCAACAUUCUCAAUAGAGUCAAAUCACGCAUAAAUUGCAUCAGAUGAUUCCCCUAUAUAAAGAUUGUGUUUGAUUUGCACGUCCAACAUAAUUUAGAACUCCAGCUAGAGACAUUCAAAUUUAUAUGCUUACAUUCUGUACGUAUUUAACUGACUGGCUGUAUAUUAAAUUUUGCUGUGUUAAUUUUGGUGUUUUUCUCUUGAAUUCAUUUCUGCUGCUUAGCUCUAUC